AUGGGCUUCCUAUCCAAGCUCAAACCCAGGGCAACUCGCCCCGAGGUUAGCAGUGCUUCCAGCGUUCCUGGGGUUCAAAAAUCCGACGGCCCACUAGACGCUCCAGCAGAUGUGUCUGCAGACUCCGACUCCGAUGGCCUGAGCCUGGAGGAACGCAACGAGAAAGAAGUUCAACGCCAUCCCAACACCAUCACCGAAGGCGCGCAGCUGGGUGUCCGGAAGGCCGAAGCCACUGCUCUCGUCUGGCCAAAAUGGGCCGUUUAUGCAACUUAUGGCUGGAUCUGGGUCUGCUUCUUCAUGCUGGCCCUGCAGCAGGGAACAACCACUCUUUUCAACGCGGCGGCCUACGCCGACUUCAUUGCCGCACCACAGCUGACGACAGCGAAUAUCUUGUCGACCAUCAUCGGCGGUGUGUUGAAACUACCCAUCGCAAAGAUCCUCAACAUCUGGGGCCGUGCUGAAGGCUUCUUCCUCUUCGUCUGCGUCUACCUCCUUGGCAUGAUCGUCUUGGCCUCGUCCACGGGGCCCAGCGGCUACGCAGCAGGCUACGUCCUCUACUGGAUCGGCUACGAUGCCAUCUACCUGAUCCUCGACGUCUUUGUCGCAGAUACCUCGGGGCUACGCAAUCGGGCAUUCGCCUUUGCCUUUGUCGGCACCCCCUUUAUCUGCACCGCAUUCACCGCGCCGUUGCUGGGCCAGGCAUUCCUGAAAACGACAACCUGGCGCUGGGGCUACGGGGCUUUCUGCAUCAUCAUGUUCUUCGUCUUUAUGCCGCUCGUGUUGGUGUUCAAGUACUUCCAACGCAAGGCCGAGCGGAUGGGCCUGUUCAAGAACGAAGCGAGCGACCGGUCCGCGCUGCAGUCCUUUGUACACUACUUUCAUGAAUUUGACAUUGUCGGAGCCAUCCUGCUCAUGGCGGCAUUUGUCCUUUUCCUGCUGCCGUUCUCCCUCCAGACGAACGGCAAAGCGCAGUACUCGUCGGCGACGUUCAUCGCCAUGAUCGUGGUUGGGGUGUUACUCUUCCCCGCGUUUGCCAUCUGGGAGAAGUUCUUCGCCCGUGUCCACUUCGUCCGCUGGGAGCUGUUCCGCCAGCGGACCGUGCUAGGAGCGUGCUCGCUGGCGGCAAUUCUCUACUUUUCCUUCUACUGCUGGGACGUGUACUACUACUCGUUCGUCCUGGUGGUAUAUGACCUCUCCUUCUCCGACGCCGGGUACAUGAGCCAAAUCUACAACGUCGGGUCGACAUUCUGGGGCGUCGUCUUUGGCUUCUGGGUCCGCCUCACCAAGCACUUCAAGUACACGUGCCUGUUCUUCGGCCUGCCCCUGAUGUUCCUGGGCGCGGGGCUGAUGAUCCAUUUCCGCGGAACCGACCACGGCAUAGGAUACCUGGUGAUGUGUCAGAUCUUCAUCGCGUUCGCGGGUGGCACGCUCGUCAUCGGCGAAGACAUGGCCGUCAUGGCGGCGGCCGAUCGCGACGGCGUGCCCAUGAUGCUGUCCCUUGUCAACUUGUUCGCCAGCCUGGGCGGCGCCAUCGGGUAUGCCGUCACCGCCGCAAUCUACGACAAUGUUUUCCCCGAGGCCCUGCUUAGGAGGCUCCCGGCCAGCACCAAGGGAGACUAUGAGACAAUCUUCCUGGGUGGCUACACCGUGCAGAUGACGUAUGCCGUGGACUCGCCGACGAGAAACGCCAUCAACUAUGCGUGGGGCGAGACACAAAAGUACGGCUCGGUCGCAGCUACUGCUAUUCUGGUGCUUGCCAUUCCGGCCAUUGCCGUGUGGAAGAACUAUAAUGUCGACAAGAAGCAGAACAAGGGUACCGUCAUAUAG